GGGAAGCUUUUUGGAGGACCGCGAUCGCCCAAAACAAAUUGCCAUCAUCAACCAAGGCGAGGAGGGAACGAGGCGGUGUAUUCGUACGGCUGCUCUGACAAGUCAACGUUCAGUUCUUUAUCGAGUCUUUUACGCUCAUCCGGUUUCGCAUAAUGUUCCGUAACCAAUACGAUAACGAUAUUACAAUCUGGUCCCCUCAGGGCCGAUUGCACCAAGUCGAGUAUGCCAUGGAAGCGGUCAAACAAGGUUCGGCAUGCGUUGGGUUGCGGUCGAAUACACACGUGGUGAUUUUGGCUUUGAAGCGCUCACCAGGGGAGCUCGCAUCGUACCAAAAGAAAUUGAUUCGAAUUGACGACCAUAUGGGGAUUGCUAUUGCGGGACUGACAUCUGAUGCGAGGGUGCUGAGCACAUUCAUGCGCGCGGAGGCGAUGAAGUCAAAACUCUUGUAUGACCGACCGCUACCGGUCUUUCGCAUCGUGUCUGCAAUUGGAGACAAGGCCCAAGUCAACACCCAACGAUACGGUCGUCGACCAUACGGGGUUGGAUUGUUGGUAGCGGGUUAUGACGAUGCCGGACCACACCUUUUUGAAUGCGCACCAUCUGGCAAUUUCUUCGAUUACUUUGCCAUUUCCAUCGGCUCACGGUCCCAAUCUGCUAAAACGUAUCUGGAGAAGCAUUACGAGGCAUUUGCCGAUGCUUCUGUUGAUGACCUUGUAGUACACGGUCUGCGUGCCCUGCGGGACACACUACAGCAGGACAAGGAGCUGAAUAUCAACAACUGUUCCAUUGGGAUUGUGGGGAAGGGUAUCAAGUACCAUACCGUCGAGGGAGAGGGUCUUCAGAGGUACCUGGAUCUUCUCUCUGAAGCCGAUACGGGAGCUGGUGGAGGGGGUGCUCCGGCACAAGCGGAUGAAGGUGCCACACCAAUGGAAACUGACAUGUAAAAACGGAACCUUUAAGAAAUAUAUUUCUCAAUGAAUAUCUUGCAAAAUAGAGUUUGUACUCUAUAUGGUAUAUAUGCC